AGUUAUUUCAGGAGUGUUGUGUCGAUACGACCGAGUUUCUAAGGAGUGGGUCAGAUGGAUGAAAUUCCUGAAAAAGUCUGCGAUGAAUGUGGGGAGUGUAGGCAACCAACCGUGCGUGGAUGCGAGGAGUGUGGAAUGCGAUAUUGUUACAAGUGUAAGGAGCAGGAACACUGGACGAAGUGCAAGAAUUAUGAGGUGGAUUUCACAGAGGAAGGCGUUUGUGUGAAAGCUGCGAGGGAUUUGUUACCCGGGGAGACAAUUUUUAGUGAGUGUCCACUGGUCCUUGGACCGAAAUUGCCUCCAGAGGAUGGUCAAGUGCACUGUGUGGGAUGCUGCCGACUCGUGUCAACCGAAAAAGUUCUUCACUGUUCUGACUGCGCUUGGCCAGUGUGCGACCCCCAAUGCGAAGACUUGAAAAACCCGAAAACCCACGGUCUGGAAUGUCAAGUCCUAAAACUUGCCCAAACCCAAAAUUUUAGGUUUGAAAUUUUAUUCCCACUGAGGAUUUUGUUUCUUCAAACAAACAACAAACCGGAGUGGACUAGCUUGAUUCAACUGUUAAGCAACAAGAAGAGCGAAGAUCCAAACAUACACGACUUGAACACCCAAAACAACCACGUCGAAUUCUUACAAGACAACUUCCUGGUACCUCUAGCCAAAGUUGAAGCCGAAACCGGCACCAUGAUCUUAGAAGAAAAAUCAAAAGAGCUUCUUGAGAAAAUUUUUGAUUAUGUAAAAACUGCCACAUUUGAAGCUCCCAACAAUUCUCCAAUGCAACUUUAUUACCCCACAGUACCCUUAAUCCCCCACAGCUGCACCCCCAACUCCUUCCAAACCACAACCGAAGCCCCCACCUACAAAAUCACGAUCCGAGCAAACUCACCCAUCUCCAAAAACACACCCAUAACCUCUUCAUACAUUAACCUGUUUGAAGGAACCCACGAGCGACUCUUCCAUUUAAAAACUACCAAGAACGCUUUGUGCUCGUGCCCGCGUUGCACCGACCCCACUGAACUUGGUACUUUUUUCUCGGCUUUGAAGUGCUUGGGUACCAGAACGGAGCCUUGUGGUGGUACGCAACUUCCACUAGAACCCACGAGCGCCAGUACCAUGUGGGUUUGCGACAAGUGCAAAAUCGAGCUCCCGAAUGACCAGAUGGUACAGUUCGUCCGACACCUAGGGGGCGAAGUCGCUAAAGUUCUAGAUCGGAAACCCACGGCUGAUGAGUUGGAGGAGUUUUUGGCAAAAUUGUUAAUGUUUUUGCACCCUAAUCACUUCUAUGUGUGUCAGGUCAAGCAAGUUUUGAUUAAGUUGUACGAUGGUGAGGAUUUGGCGAAGACCAAGGGGGAUAUUUGUCUGAGUUUGGUAGAAAUAGCCCGAAAACUGUACCCAUGUGGAGGUUUAUUGUUGGUGGAGUUGUUGCACGGGUUGUUCGAAGCUAGAUUUUCCAUUAUGGGUAAAAGCGAAGAUCUGGUCAAGAACGAAGAUGUAGAAGAACUGGCGGACUUGGUUAAGGAGAUGAAGAGCGUCACUGAGGCUUUAUUCGACCCCCAGCUAGCUCAAGUCGUAACCCAAGACGCUUCAACUUUCACUGAUUGGUUGAAAAACCACCACUAAACUUUGACUAUUAAUAGACUUGUUGCAACGA